AAAGGAAGUUUUGUUUAAAUUUCUUUAUCACACACCGGCUAACUGUACCUGAGAUUGGUUGGUCCUCUUCACUAUGUCCGCAAGACUUUUGUUGGUGCUUGUUGGUGUGGCGACGCUGUCUUCGGUGAUGGCUGGAGGCGGCGGCGGCGGUCACAAGAAGGUGGUGAUCCACGUCCCGGUGUUCGUGAAGCAUCAUCACCAUAAGCACACGAUUGUGAAGCACGUGCACCAUAAGAGUGGUGGCGGUGGUGGUGACGACCACUAUGAAGUCCUUGGCUACACGUACGGUGAACCGAAACCGGCGCCACAUUUCGGCGGAGGUCACGGCUGGGGCGCUGCGGAGGAAAGUUACGGCCACGAUUCGCCUGUGAGCUUCGAAGGCGGAGACCAUGGCAGUUACUCGCUUAGUGGUGAUGAACAUGGGUAUUAACACUGAAAAUUAGCCAGUUAGGAAAUUUGUACGGAUGCACUGUUUUGUUAUGACGGUUUUGAUUUACAUAUAGCAGUAAAAUGUAUAGACAAAAUUUUAUAAAAUAUAAUGGUUGGCAUCUACUGAUCCACAUCGUACGUAUCGGACGCAUCGCAUCAAACGGAUGUUUAAUCAUGAUGUUAUCAAUGCGUCUCCUCUCAGAAUGGGAGGGGUUAGGCCAGUAGCCCACUACGCUGGCCCAAUGCAGAUUGGCAGACUUCACACACGUAGAGAAUUGAGAAAAUUCUCAGGUAUGCAGGUUUCCUCACGAUGUUUUUCCUUCACCGUUUGAGACACGUGAUAUUUAAUUUCUUAAAAUGCACAUAACUGAAAAGUUGGAGAUGCAUGCACCGGAUCGGAUUCGAACCUAUGCCCUCCUAAUCGAAGGCACAAGCCAUAUCCACAGGGCUAUCACGGCUAUUUAAUUAUACGGUAGAUAAAAUCCGUUUCAUGCUUGUAAUACUUUCUAUCCAAAGAAUACUAGAAUCCGUAUGAUGCGAUGCCUCCGUACGAUACGAAUCUGUGGACGCCUGCGGUAAAGCUGUGACAGACGACAAAGUCAUCUGAGUAUGAGUGAGUGCUAUAAGGAAGUGGAUUGGCUUAAAGACAGUUGACGAACUUUUCCGCCUAGCCAUGGCGUAUGAAAAGCUUAGGAAACUGCAGACCUACAGUAAUGGAGAGACACUUUAAGAAGAAGUGCGUGAAUGGCUGCUAAACAUUUAGAUAAAGUAUAUUAAUAAAAGGGGAGACAAUGUAGUGAUGUACUUAAUUUAGCAAUGCAUUUUUGUUGUGCUGACAUUCGUUUAGUGUACACACAGUAUCGUAAAAACACCAAACAAAGCAAAACUGUCAUGAUAAAGUAGUGUCUAUUGAUGAAUAAGUUUUCAAUUGAACAUCGAACGAUUUUGGUAAAUCAUCGUGAUAUGUACAUUGCUUGAACGAUUAACAUGUUGCACUAUACAAUCGUUUUGAGAGUUGAGAAUUGUGAUUUCAAUAUAAUUGAGUCUUAUCAAGUUCUUAAUGUUACUUACACGAUACUAAAAUACAAAAUACUUUUUAAAUUUUUGUCUGUCUGUCUACUAAUUCAGGCAAUAUAUUAGAACAGCAGAACUGAUUUUAAUGGGAUUGUCACAAGAACAUAGCGGAAGUUAUUGAAUAACAUAUGGGAUACAUUUUAUCCCGGAAAACUCUAUGGUUCUCGUGAGAUUAGUAUAAAAACUGAAUUUCACUGGAAAGAAGUCACGAGCAACCGCUAGUUAAAAACAAACUUCCAACCUCGUAAAUAUCUCACGCUACAAACAAUGUACAACGGAAAUACCAAACGCAUUUAUCUUAAUGAUAAUUUAAUACGAAACUCACAAUAAUGUAUAGUAGUAAGGGCUAUUGAAACUUUACAACGUCGUAUUGUUCCUCUAAACAAAAUUUAUGGUGAUAUUUUUAUUACUAACGAUAAAUCACCGUAAUCUCGACCGUAAAUCAAAGGACUAUUAAGUUUCACUUCUUACAAGUUUACACUUUUACAUUAGAAAUGUCGUAUCUGUAAAAGAGAUUUGUUAAUUGACAUGGUCUUAAAAAUAGAUAUAGAUAGGUACUUGUACUUGUCCAUGUAAUUAGACUGUUUAUAAUGAAUAGAAGAAUGAUCAUGAUGUAUGGUAAUAAUAAAUUUAUUUUGCUAUUUUCUACAAAAACCAACAUCCAAACAUCUAGAUUACAUGGUCGGCUUACGUUUUACUAAAUAAAAUAGUAGAAUAAAGUUGUUGUUUAUUAUCAAAAAGUAGAUUUAAGUUUGAUAAAUGAUUUAAUUGAUAGAUUAUGAUGAAUUAUUGUGACGUAUGGAGUUUUUGAAAACGGAGUGUGAAAGUACAAUUUGCUACAAUUUUUCUACAAUUUCUCUACAAAUUCUGAUACUUCCCCAACUUUCAGCUGUUACUAAUCGAGCUGUACAAGUUUCCCAUGGUCUUCCAGAUAAUAGAAUAAUUGAGUUGAUAUUACAACUUAAGUGAUAAUAUUAUAUUCCUAAAAUUAGAUUUUGUAUGAUUCCUAUUAAUUUAAUUUUUUAAGUUUGUUGUGAACGUAUUUUAAGUGUAAAUUUUUGAUAAAUAAUUAUAUUUUAAUUAUGCUCUUGUUUGA